AUGUAUGCAUAUAUCAAACUUAAUUUUCUAUUAUAUGCGAUACUAUUUGUUGCAGCAUUCGUUUGUGCGCAACACCAUGGCGGAGGAAAUCACAACCCACCUCAUCACCCCCAUCCGGAUAAUAAACAAUGCCAUACCGAUGCUGACUGUAGUGGAUGUGUAACCAACACAACCGGAUAUUGUAACUUACAAGAUAACCUGUGUUACUGUAAACCCGUUACUGCAAAACGUGCCGCGUGUCAUAACGGACAUCAGUGCUCCUGUCCCGAUGGACAAAAUGGUGUAUGUAACGCACAGGGACACUGUGAAUGUGGAGACCAUCCAGUCGGAAAGAGAGCAGUCCAUGUUGGUUCUCACUGUGGUCAAAAGUCUGAUUGUGCAGGUCUAGACUGUGCUGGUCAAGACUACGAUUGCAUAAACAUGAAAUGCGCAUGUCAUGACAAUAGUCAUGGACAACCCGUUGGUCGUUAAUCAGUAUCAUUCUGCCAUCGCAUCCAAAUUAUUGAAUACAGAUUGUGUAAAGCCACGUGCUUUUGUUGAUCAUUGUUAGGCAAGACGAAUUAAAUUUGAUUAAAUAAAAUGAAAUAUUUGA